CAGAAACUGAAGCACCUAGACAAGAUCAUUCCUCCCGUACCAGAUAUGGUUCAUUCUGUUAUAUUGUGAGAAGCAGCUCCAGUCCUGGCAACACUGCAUAGUGUGAUGUUCUCACAUUCACUAAGACGAAGUACGGUACCUAAAAAUUGAAAGCUGGCUCUCAUUACACCAUUUUUUAGUGAAGGUCGACUCAGCAAACCUUCAACCUACCGACCUGGAACCAUACAGCAGCACCUAAAGAUGAAAGUGAAGAACUCGAUCGGUUCACACUACCUUAAUAAUUAGGGAUUGAAAAUUUGUGAUAUUUCAAACUUCAAGGUUACUCCUUUUCUAUGGCUUCGGACUUUUAUAUUUCUAACGUUAAGUUAGAAUAUCAGAAACUUAGAGAUAGAGUUGAAAAGCUUGAAAAAGAAAAAGAAAUACUCAUGGCAGAACUCGGACACAGGGAACAAAAUUUUUGUGGGAAUAUACUUGCAUUUGUUGAGAGUUUGUUUUUGAAUACGAAAUACAGUGAUGUGCUGUUCAAAACACCAAACGUUCUUGUCCCAGGGCACAGAUUUGUUCUCGAUGCUAGGGGAGGAGUUUGGAAUGUUUAUACAGAGGAUGGUGUGGAAUAUAUAAAUAUACAAGGUUAUUGUCAAAAUGUGUGCGAAGCUUUUAUUCUAUGGACUUAUAGGGGCAUAUUGGAAGAGUACGAAGCACAAUGUUUGUCCGAUUUAAUGACACUUGCACGAGAAUUUUGCUUGCCUUCCUUAUUUACUCAGUGCGAAAUCGCUUUAAUUCCUCUAGUGACAAGAGAAAACUGUUUGUCAUUGUAUUCGUCUUCACAUAGACUAAGAGCCACUCGGUUGUUAGACCAUUGCUUCUCGUUUAUGUCACGUGUUUGGCCUAAUUUUUCAGUGAAAGAAAUUUCUACAGUUUCUGCACCUGUCUUGCAAUCUUUUCUCGAGAAGUAUUCCAAGUUCCCUGUUCACUCAGCAAUUGACCUUGGAAGAGAUGACACAGUUUUAUCUUUGCUUAACGUUGAUCAUCCAAAGGCUAAACUCCUCGUAAAUCAACUGAAUGAAAAUGGUCUAUCACCGUUAUAUAUGGCCCUAAAGGAUGCACAUUUCAAGCUUGCUGAGAAACUUAUUGGUCUAGGCGCAGAUAUAAACGCACUUAUUGGUCCUACUGACGAAAAGCAACCUGUUACUCAGUUUGCGUUUAGAAAAAACCAUUAUGAAGCUGUCCAAUUUCUCUUGCUUCAUGGUUCCAAUUGUGAUUUCUGUGAUUCAAUCUCGUCUCGCACACUACUUCAUAACCUUGCAGUAACCGACGCAAAGGAAAUGUCAGAAGCUGUGAUAAAUAUAGCAAAAACAUUAAUCCAACAAAGUGCUAAUAUUUCUUCCCAAGAUAUAGACGGAAAUUCACCGUUGCAUUUGUCUAUUUUGCACAAUAAUUCAAGUUUAUUUAAUUUGCUGAUCAAUCAUUCCAAGAAGCCUAAUUUAGAUUUACCCAAUAAUCAAGGAUUAUGUCCAUUGUGGUUAGCGCUUGUCAGAAAGUUCAAUUUUCGUGAUCCAAGUGUUUACGGAUUUAAAUCUAACUCAUUGACAAGUAAUUCAUAUGACUUCGCUAGUCAGUUGAUUGAAAAUGGUGCUAACGUGAAUUAUAGAUUUACUGAUGUUCAGUAUUCUGCAUUGAAUGGUAAAUCUUUGAAGAAUCCACUUCCAGGUGACACUUUACUUUUGGCUGCUUCACGAAUCGGAUGGGAAUCAGCUGCUUUAUUUCUUCUUGAUCACUCACAAUGUGAUCCUACUUUAGAGUCAUUUACUCAAGGAGAAACAGUUUUUCAUGUUGCCGUAGAAGCUGAACUGUCUAAUUUAUGCAAUUGCUUGAUUAUGCGGAACGACACUGACCCAAAUCGUUUACGGUUUUCCAAAGUUAAUAUAAUAACAUCAGACAGUGAGGAAAUCCUGUCACAAACUUCUUACGAAAGUACUUGUGUGAAAGAAGCUAAUCAAAUGAACUUUACGAAGUCAUCAAAUCCUUUCGACGAUGACUAUGAAAGUAAUGGUUACUGCAAUCUCUUAUCUAACCCUAUGGAUAAUAUAUCAUGUCAAGUGAAUAGUUCACAUUUAUCCACUGACUCAGCAGUUAACGGUACUAUUAUUUCCACUCCAUCGGUAUUAGAUUCAUCAUCAUUGAGAGAAACUAAAAGUGACCACAAGUCUACCCAACAAAUAUACUGCAGUCCUUUACAUCUUGCUGUACAACACAAAAUGUUUGGAAUACUCGAAUUUUAUCUUGAAAACAACGCUAAUGUUGAUUGGUUGCUAUUGAAUGAGUCUGGUGAUUCAGUCAUCAGCUUACUUUUGUGGUCGGAGCAGUUUCAGUUGGUCAAGAGAAUAUUAGAAUCUAUGUGUAAUCAAUCAAAGGAUACAUCAGCUAGUCAUGACUCUAAAUUCAAUGAAUCCGAUAACGCUAUUCAAUCAUUUCUAAAUAAAAUACCCACAAAAUGUAAUAAGCCAUCUUUAUUGAUUCAAUCCAUUGAACGUGACCAAUUCGAAGUUGUGAAAUUCUUGGUCGAACAUGAUGCUGAUAUUAAUGAGAACGAAACUGACUGUCAGUCAUAUAUUAACCCUCUAUGGACUGCAUUGAAAUUGAGAAGAUGGACAGUAGCUGAUUAUUUGGUGAAUCAUGGAGCUGAUGUUAAUUCAUGGGCACCGUUUAAUGGAACAAAUGCAAAAGUCACUCUACUACAUCGGGCAAUCCAUGAGAACAAUGAAGAGGCUGGUGUGUUUCUAGUGAAACGAAACUGUGAUGUCAAUGCGUUUGCACAGUUUGAUUAUUCAGUAGAUAAGAAAAAAUCAGAUCAUAUUAUACCAGAAUUAGCUCGAUCACCACUGCAUAUGGCCACUUUAAUUGGAAUGUAUGAACUCGUUCAAGUACUUAUCUCCAGUAAUCGUGUAUAUAUUAACCAACAGGAUUAUAAUGGUGAAACUGCCUUACAUUUGGCAAUCAGAUCAAAAAAUGAAAAACUUGCCAACCUGUUAAUUGAAGCACCUCAAAUAGACUAUACCGUUCGUGAUGCACAAGCAUACACCGUAUUUCAUGUAGCUGUGGAUUUACGUCAACGUGCAAUUGCACAAAGUCUUUUGAAAAAAGACCCUUCCUUAGCUUUACAAGUUGAUAGUUCAGGACGUAAUUUUCUACAUAUUGCAAUAGAAAAUUUCGAUCGUGAAGCUAUUUUUCUUCUUAUUCAAAUUGGAGUUGAUAUGAAUGCUUGUGUACGUGAUGCACAUCGUCUCACACCCUUCCAUUUAGCAAUUAAAACAGGCGUAGAUGAGGAUAUUUUACGUAGUUUGCUUCUUGCCGGUGCAUCUAUUAACUCACAAACACCACAAAAACAAUACGGUCUUCAUUUGGCUGUGAUUUACAAUAGACCGGAAUUAGUACAUUGUUUAUUAGAGAAUGGAGCUGACCCCAAUUCCCAAGAUUCUGAACGUAAUACACCAUUACAUCUAGCUGUUCGACAUGCUAGAGUAGAUUGUCUUGUAAAAAUGCUCAAUCAUUCCGCUACAAAUUGUUACUGUAUAAAUAUCAGAGGUCAAUUGCCGAUCCACUUGCUGGCUCAACAUCAAGGUCCAGUCAGUGUUGAAAUGCUUGAGUAUUUAUUAGAGGUAUCUGUUGCCAAUCAAAUCAAUGCCCAAGAUGCUGCUGGCAAUACUCCAUUAAUUCUCGCAUAUCAAGCAGGAAACAUAUCACUUUGUACCGCAUUACUUCAAGCUGGUGCAUCUUUAGGAAUUAUGAAUUCUGAAGGGGAUACUGUGUUUAGUCUAAAUAAAAAGAAAUGUAAAAGUUCAACUCCUGGACAUGUUCUUUCACAAUUACUAGAUUCACUUAUUCAAGAACCUCGAUGGGAAGAUGGUUCUGUUUGUGUUGAAUGCUGCGUGAAGUUUGGUAUAACUAACAGAAAACAUCACUGGUAUGUAAUUUAUUGUAAUCUAAAAUUUGUUUUUUGUUAUUCGUCUAUCUAAUUUCUUCAUUGGUAUGAUAGACAGAAGUAAAGAUUUAGUGAUUUGUUUUUUGAUCUUGAUUUUUGACCAGUCAUUUGAUGAUUAAUUUAAUCAUUUUUUGGUGCAUUUAACUAUGGAAUUUCAUGUACAUACUUGUUUAUUAAUAUGUUGUUCUUAGUUCAAUAUUUACUUUAUAAUAAAUCGAAAGCGGUGAUAACCACUGUUUAUGUAUAACAAAUCAAGACAGUAUGAAUAUUAAAAAUACAGUUUUCCGAUCGUAGCUUGAUGAAUCGUAUAUUUCAUUUUUUGUGCGACGUUCGCGAUCUCUGAUUGGAGACUUUGAGUGACGUACCCUAGAAUCGUUCACAUUAGUAAAUAUGCAUUCCUUCUAUAAAUUCUUCUCUGUUUUAAAUUGUAGUACACGCUCAUACAUACGCUUUAACUAUCUUUUCGAGUCAAGCUUUCCAUGAUUAAUCUUUGUCAUUAUCACUGCUACAACCUUAUUUCAAUCUCUUUUAACAUUCAUUAUCGCAAUCGUUAUGCUGACUAACGGCCAUCGUUCGGAAGUUAGAAGACCAUCUGUGCAAUCGCUGAGACCACAAACGAAUGAACAAUUGCACAGGAUCCUUUUUAUUAUCAACAAUCACAAGCCAUAAUCACUUGCCUUCAGCAAUUCAAGUCGCUCAUAAAUUUCGCCACUGUGGACGUUUACUUUGUGCUCAAUGUUCAGCAUUCGAAAUACCAAUUGUAAAAUAUGAACUUUCUAAACCAGUUCGAGUAUGUGAGGUCUGUUUUAAUUUCCUGAAUAAUCCAUCCUAGUAUAUACAUAUUACUGACGGUUAUGAUUUUUAGUCAUUCUCUCAUGGGCUCCAUUAUAUAUAUAUAUAUACUCUUCCUCAUGAUUUAUGACUUACUUUCGAUUUCUUUCAUAUCAAGUUCUUUGUUGAUUUCUUAUUUUUAUUUGGUAAUUUUAAACAAAGCUGAAUAUAUAUAUAUUUAUUGUGUCGUUAAGUGAUAGAAUGAUGAUGAUUUCUCUCAUUAUGAAUUAAUCACAAUUAAACUGACAGUUUGUUUACUUAAUGUAAUUAAUACAUGAUAUAUGCAAAUAAUUGUUUUCUUGAAAAUUCAUUUAUUUUGUUUAUUUCUGUUCUGAGUGUUGGUUUGAUGGUUGAAAACCUUCUUCUUGUUCUUUUGAUUCAAUUAGAAUUUUCUGUUAUUAAUUUAUUAUUAUUUUGUUCUUUAUGUUUAUGCUUUAUGUUAAACUUAUAAAAAAAAUAAAAUAAAAGAGAUUGUUUAUGAAAAUUUGAUCAACUUUUAUUGGGGAGGAAUAAAAAUUUAUUGAUGAUUGAUAUUUUAUUGAAAUGUUAUCAUUAAAUAGUGAAUAGAAGAUCACUGAACAGCUUUUUCAUUUUAAAUUGUGAUUUAUAGAAAUGAAUUAAAGAUGACAGGUCCAAUUCUUGCGUCAUCUACUUUUGUUUGAUUUAGCCAAAUAGAGUAUCACUAACAUGGCUCGAAACCGAAUAUAUAAUGCUGUACCUUGUUAAAUGAAUUAAACUUACAUCAAUAUUAUCCAAAUUCAAUGAUUUUAAAUUUUACUGAAGUAAAAUGUAGAUUUAUACUAAACGGACGAAAAAUUUGUCAACAGGUCGGUUGUCAUUAUAUAUAUAUGUAUAUUGUAUGUUCAGCUUGAUUCAAAAAGUCGUGAUAUAAAUUUAACAAGCAUGUAACCAAGCACGCUAACUUUAUA